UCGGAUCUAAUUCGCAGUUUCCUCCAGUGGGCGGAGAAGCAGCCGCUCAGCGCUGCUCUCAGCUCCGCUCCCCUCACUGCUUCCCGCUGCCUCAGCUCUUCAGCUCAUGCGGACCAGCUGCCGAGGCUCAUGGACUAACCGCGGGUCUGACCGUGAGCUGUAACGGACUCGGGGUAGGACUGCUUGACGCCGGUGGAGGACUGGACUAUGGCGGCCAAGGAGGACCUGUACAGCAAAAUUCUCCCCCGGAGGCUUCGCCAGAGCCGACCGGGCUCGAUGAAAUCCAGCUCCAACCUGGACGUGCUGUUGUCCAUGGGCUUCUCCAGACACCGGGCCCUGAAGUCUCUGGUGUCAACUGGAGGUCGGAGUGUACAGGCAGCAUGUGACUGGCUGUUCUCCCACGUGGACGACCCGUUCCUGGACGACCCGCUGCCCAGGGAGUUCGUUCUCUACCUGCGACCCAGCGGGCCGCUCCAGAACCAGCUCUCACACUUCUGGCAGCAGAGCCGGGUCACCUGCGGCAAAAACAAGGCCCACAAUAUUUUCCCACACAUCACUCUCUGUCAGUUCUUCAUGUGUGUCGACCCCAAAGUGGAAGCCCUGUGUGAGGCCCUGCAGACCACCGUGCAGCAGUGGAGGGGCCGCUUCCCCCGCCCGCUGCCUCUGGAGCUCUACACGUCGUCCAACUUCAUCGGGCUGUUUGUGGAGGAGCAGGUGGCCGACGUCCUCAGACAGUUCGCAGCCGACUUCGCCACAGAGGCCGUCAGGAAGACAGAGGUCAAAGUGGAACCUCACAAGAAGCAGCUCCACCUGACGCUGGCCUACAACUUCCCCAGUGAUCACCUCUCCUCACUGGAGAAGCUGGCCAAGGGCAUCGAGGUGAAGCUGGGCUGUGAUUGGCUGGCUGUUCUGUUCUCCCGGGACAUUCGUUUUGCUAACCAUGAGACGCUGAGGGUCAUGUACCCCUACAUGCCCCAGAACGAUGACGAACUGGAGCUGGUUCCUGGGGAUUUUAUCUUCACGUCUUCCAUGGACCAGACCAGCACCAGCGAGGGCUGGGUCCACGGAACCUCACUGGCCACCGGCCUGUCUGGACUUCUGCCGGAGAACUACGUGAGCCUGGCCGACGAGUCUGACACCUGGGUGUUUCACGGCUCCCAUUCCUUCUUCAGCUGUGGACCAGGUGACAAAGCUGGUAAAGAGAAAGGAAUGUUUGACAGCCUGCUGGACGGCCGACGUCCCGACAGCACCAGUCCUGGAGACACGCCUGCUCUCAGUGUGAUCUGCCACCCUAUGCAGGUAGUCCUGCGGUUCAGUGGCAGCCACACUCGGCAGCCCAAACGGACGGUGUUCGUGUGCCGGCAUGGUGAGAGGAUGGACGUGGUGUUUGGGAAACACUGGCUCACUCUCUGCUCGGACAGCAAAGGUAGAUACGUACGCUCCAACCUCAACAUGCCUCCCAGCCUGCCUCUGUGGGGAGGACAGAGAGACUACGACAUGGACGCCCCCAUCACUGUGUUUGGGUCCACUCAGGCUCGAUUAGUGGGUGAGGCCUUGUUGGAGAGCAACACAAUGAUAGACUUUGUGUACUGCUCUCCGUCACUGCGAUGUGUUCAGACUGCACAGAACAUCUUGAAAGGCCUGCAGCAGGACGGGAAGCUGAAGGUGCGGGUGGAGCCGGGUCUCUUCGAGUGGACAAAGUGGGUGUCAGGGAACUCCAUGCCAGCGUGGAUCCCCCCCACUGAUCUGGCUGCUGCCAACUUCAGUGUAGACACAGCUUACAGGCCUCUGAUCCCGGCCAACAAGCUGACUGUGUCUGAGUCUUACGAGAACUACAUGAGUCGCAGCUACCAAGUCACCAAAGACAUCCUGUCAGACUGCAAAAACACAGGAAACAACGUGUUGAUCGUAGCCCACGCGUCUUCCCUGGAGGCCUGCACACGGCAGCUGCAGGGCCGCAGCCCCCAGAAUGCCAAGGACUUCAUCCAAGUCGUACGAAAGAUCCCGUACCUGGGCUUCUGUGCCUGUGAGGAGCAAGGAGAGACGGGAAUGUGGCAGUUGGUGGACCCUCCUAUCCUGCCUCUGACUCACGGUCCGAACCACUCCUUCGACUGGAAGGAGACUCUUCUGCAAGAAUGACGCCUGCCUGCUCCGAGUCGGUCACAGUGCUCUCCCUGUGCCCCAUCCACCUCCACCUCCCCACCAACAACUACCCAGCCCAACAAAAUAACUGGAGCUCUUGUCUUCUCAGCCUGUUCAGUAGCUGCUGAUUGAGCCAGCAGAGUAAAGAUGAGCAGUCCCAGCAGUGGAUUGGCAAACGUUCACACUCUGCUGGCGUUAUGCAGCGACUCAGGACCCUGACAGGCUCAGGCGGUCUGACGGGGUCAGUGGGUUUCUGCUGCUCUGUGUGGAAUCUCAUGUCAGCACUGCCUCUGGAAUUUGGUCAGAUCAACAUUGCAAGCUCUUUCAUGUCAUACUUCCCAUGUUGAUUUAUGCUAAAGCAUGUUAGCAGGCUAAUAUGCAAGCUUAGAACUUAAAGCUUGAACUUCAACUUCCUAGUAUGCAGUUGGGGGCUUUUUAUUUUUCCUCGCUGUCUGUUAGUCGUGCCACCCCAAUAUUUUUACCGGCCUGGGGUCUGGCCACCCCAUUAGAACGGACUCCACUGGACGUAUGUAUCAACAAAAGGACCAUUGUCUCCCUGUGUGUGUGUGUGUGUGUGUGUGUGUGUGUGUGUGUGUGUGUG